AUGAAGCGGCCUACAUCGCAAGGCAUCGAGGAGGAAGAGGAAGAAGAGGAAGAGGACGGUCUGGGUGAUGGGCUGACUCCCGAAGAGAGGGCAGCGAACAAGGCAGCACAGGAAGCUCACCAGGAGGACGAAGAUGACAGCGAAUCAAGUGCAGAUCUGGGGCCAGAGCCGGAAGAAGGCGUGCAAUCCGAGUUGCCCAUCAGUCAUGAAGCUGUAUUGAAGGAUCACAACAAAGUGGUUUCGGCUCUAGACAUCGACGCUGCUGGCGCCCGAAUAGCAACAGGAGGAUACGACUACGAUGUGAAGCUUUGGGAUUUUGGGGGCAUGACAUCCGCAUUACGGCCUUUCAAGACCUUCGAACCAAAUGGAUCCUACUCUGUCCAUGACCUGAAAUGGUCACCCUCAGGCAAUGAGCUCCUCGUGGUCUCCGGGACAUCCCAGCCCAAAGUCUACACCCGCGAUGGACAGGAUGGUUACGUCUACAAAAAGGGAGACGUUUACAUUCGCGAUAUGAAGCAAACGAGUGGGCACGUUGCUGAGCUGAGCUGCGGUGACUGGCAUCCGCAUACGGCAAACACCUUCCUGACAGCCAGCGCGGACUCGUCCAUUCGCCUCUGGGAUGUCGAAGAUCGCGCAAAGCAAAAGACGGUAAUUGUCGUCAAAUCAAAGGAGCGUGGCACGCGCACGCGCAUCACGAAAGCAAAAUUCUCGCAUGAUGGAAGGUACAUUGCCGCCACGUGCCUCGACGGGGCGCUGCACUUUUGGGCGACCAACUCGAACUUCUCGCGACCCAGUGCAAGUUUGGAGGGUGCGCAUACGAGAAACACCGAGACGACAGGGCUGGCUUGGAGCGCGGAUGGACAUAGUGUCGUCACGAGGGGUGGAAGCGGUGACGAAACUGUCAAAUUGUGGGACAUGCGCAGUCUCAAGAGGGCGGUAGCGAUUGCGGAAGACCUGCCGAACAACCAUGCCGAGACGGACGUCAUCUUCUCGCUUGACGAGCGCACCAUUUUGACUGGAACGUCAGCACAAGGCAAUAUGGAAGCAUCUAGCGUCACUUCGACAGCCAGCUCAGGGAGCGUUAACGUGCUUUCUCGCUUAGAUCUAUCAUUACAGCGUCAGAUCUCCAUCUCUACCACCGACUCUCCGCCUGGAGCGGGCACGUCGAUCGUUCGGCUUCAAUGGCAGCCAAAGAUCAAUCAGCUGUUCUGCUCGACUUCCACGGGAGCGAUACAUGUCUUCUAUUCUCCGGAGAAGUCGGCGCGCGGCGCGUUGCUGGCCGUGGGAAAGGCCCCGAGAAGGCGGAGGGAUGUUGAGGACUACUUCAUCAGCGCGCCUGCGGAUGGCGGCGACCAGAUGCUCCAAAUCACUGUCUCUGGCGACGGCGGAACCAUGGUCGGGCGCUCAGCGGCCAGCAAGCGUCGCAAGCUGGAGAAGUCUCGCGCCGAUCCACAGGCGACGCGCAUGCCCGAGCGGCCCUUGCAGGGCCCAGGGCGUGGAGGGAGAAUUGGCGCUGCGGCGACACAACAUGUCGUGCAGAACAUCUAUCGCGAUAUCACGCGCGACGAGGAUCCCAGGGAGGCGCUGCUCAGGUUCGCGGAGAAGGAGAAGAAGGAUGGACCGAAGUACACUUCCGCAUGGAGCAAGACGCAGCCUAAGCCUGUCUUUCGCGAAGUGGACGAGGAGGAGGAGAAGCGGCGAUGA